CAGAAGGAAGUGGAAAACAUAGAAGGUUAAAGUGGGGAAAGAGAAUAGAGUAACAUUAGUGGAAACUUUUUAACAAACUCAUAUUUUUGUUUUAUCAAAAAACAUGCUGUUGGAAUAUUUCAUCUUUUGGGUGAUUUCCUUUCUUAUGAAAGGGGUUCAGUGUAAGGAAAUUGAGAUGUUUGUUGAAGCUGGCUCUCAGGCUGUUUUACCUUGUAAAAGCAGCUCUUCGUCUAGCUAUGUUCCCUUCAUCAUCUGGCAUAAAGAAAACAAAGGCACUGUCUGGAGAAAGGAAAGGACUGGUCUGCAGUACUGGGGCUCUAGCUGGUCAACAAAAGGCACCCAACGUAUACGAUGCCCCCACUCCCAGUUUGAAAAAGGCGAUUUCAGCCUGCAGAUCAACAACGUGAGGAAAGAGGACGGAGGAACUUACACCUGCAGGGUGGUGCAAAGAGACCAGGUCAAUGAAAACAAGGUCAUACUCAGAAUCAUUGAAGUGUCCGUCUCUUCACCGGUUUCCAUAUGGGGAAAGGACGUUUUGAUCACCUGUAAUGUGAAUCCAUGGCCUCAGGAAGCUUCUGUGCAGUGGAUGUUGAACAACAGUCCAUUUGUGCCUAAGCCUAAAAUCCCUUCCGAUAGAGAUACCACUCAAAGUGUCGUGAGGGAAAAGGCCACCGUGAGACUGACGGGAAACUGGACGUGUGUCGUGGGCUACAAGGGCAAAGAAGGGCGAGCUUCAGCAGCUUUGACUGUGAAGGGAAUCAUCCACCCAUCCAAAGACAGUGCCAAAGUGUACGCCGCUGUAGGAUCUGCAGUUACUCUGCCCUGUGUAUUCUCACCGAGUGUGAUCCCCUCCAAUCCAGUUUGGGAGAAACUGAAACCUGCCUAUCUUUUUAAACCUGUACCUGGUCACCUUCCUGCCUCUUUCUCUCCACCCUCACCAUCCUCUCAGCCCCCAUUCGAUAAAUCUGCCAAUUUGACAGAGGUCGGGUUUGAAGACGAGGGCAAGUACAGAUGCUCUGGCACUAUAGAAGGACAACGGCUGACACGAAAUAUGCAGCUUGUUGUUGCCAAAAUUGAAAACAGCAUCCCGUCAAAGAAAACUGGCUCUGUGACACUGACCUGCAGACUGAGCGACACGAGCGAGGUCACAGAUUACGAGUGGGUUCAUGUGGUCUAUGACCUCAAUGGCACCCAGUCAGUUGGGUCCAUCCAGAAGGGGAAGACUCUGGAUCUAAGCACAGUGUCUGAGGAUGAUCAGGGCGAGUGGGCAUGUCGUUUCUACGGGAAAUAUGGCGUUUUGGGAAAUGUAACGCACCACAUUAAACUGAUGAGUGGUCUGAGCGGAGAACAAUCUUUGCGUGUCUCACAUAACACCGCUGCUGUGGUCGGCCUCAGCCUUCUCCUCCUCGUUCUGCUGCUGAUUUUGGCUCAGAUGUACAAAAACCACCAAAGGAGGAAAAGGAUCUUUCAAUACCCCGCGCUGGAGACGAUUGUUCACACUGUCUCCAAUGAGCGGGAGGAGAGAGAAAGGAACCGAGUGAAAGAGUAAAGGUUCAUUAAGCUAGAGGCAUCGCAGAUCUCACAGCGCUAAACUGAAGUGAGAUCUGUCAUCUUGGGAAAUUUUUGUUUGCACAAGUUUUGUUAAUAUUUUUACAGCAGAUGUUGUAGCAGUAUGAUUGUUGAAUUUGAAACGUAUAUAACUAUGUUGUUUGAGAUGUGUGUUUUUCAGUUAUCCUUUGUGAAUAUGUAUUCCCAUACUACAAAUAAAAUGUUUUAAAAAGAAAGUA